AGUUGUGUUUGUGUAUUUUCAUAGUGGAAAUUGCGAUUUCCAGUUACAUUUAUUUUAUUUAAAUUAAUUAUGACAUAAAUAUUGUUAAAUAUGAAAAGAAAAUGCAAAUAACUGAUAAGGAGUACAAGAAUUUACAGUUCAAACUCGCGAACAUUCAACAAAAUGCUAUAAGAAAUGGCCUGACAUUUAGUGUUAUUGAAGACUAUGAAUUAAUUUUUAAGAAUGCGGAAAAACUUUUUAAAAAACGAUACAAUAGCAUAGUUAUUGUAUCAGUAGUUGCUGCAGUUUUGCUCUCAAUUGUUUUCAGUAUAUUUACAGUAGAUAUUUUUAUAAGUGCUCGAUGCUUGUUACCAAGCAAUUAUCUAGUGUGGGAAGCAACACGUCCUUUGGCUAACUGUAGUUAUUGUAUUAAUGUAACAAAACCUAUUAUACUGCGAAAUGUAACUCGAAGCAAAUUUGAUAAAUAUGCCUAUUCAUCAAAACCUAUAAUAGUUAAGAAUGCAAUUGGACAUUGGAGAGCAGUUAAAGAAUUCCAUUAUGAUAUGUUUAAAAAACUAUACGAAGACACAGUUGGCAGUUAUGAAAGUUUGGAAGAGGGCUGCCAGUUUUUAAACUUUAAAAGUGACCUCUUUACAUUGAGGGAAGUUUUCUCAAUGCCAAGGGAAAGAGUUAACAAUGAUCCUGGACAGAAGCCCUGGUAUGUGGGAUGGGGCAAUUGCCAUCAAGGGAUACUUCAUAAACUGAGGAAGUAUUAUAGUGUACCCAACUUUUUGCCUGAUGAUGCAGAAUAUCCUGCUACAGAACACAUUUUUAUGGGCUAUGAAAUUGGAGCUGUUAUGCAUCUGGAUUACAUUGAAAGGUUAAUGUGGCAAGGUCAAGUCAAGGGUAUGAAGAAGUGGUCGGUGGCACCAGUGCCAGAGUGUGAGCAUGUUUGUCAUAAGUUCAAAUUUUAUGUGGAGCCCUUGGAUAUUGUGAUGUUGGAUACUCGUAUUUGGUACCAUGAAACCACUAUUCCUAAAGGACAGUUCUCCAUAACAGUACAAUCAGAAUAUGGCUGAAAAUUCAUAAUUUUGCAGCUUUUCUAUACAAAAUCAGUAUUAUUUAGACAUAUCUUGAUGCCAAAAACAUACAUUUAAUCAUAAACAAUUUAAUUUUACAAAUUUUAUAUGUUUUUUAUCAUUGUGCCAUUAAAUUAAUGUAUACUUUUUACAUU